AUGCUCCACGCCUAUACUCAAAUCCCAGAUGUUGAAUUUGUUUGUUUGUUUUCCAUUCUGUUUGUUUUUAUCUUGAUAGUUGUAUUCUUUCUGAUAGCAGUAUUCUUAAAGAAUGACGGAGACCUACAAAUUGGAGACUCUCUUUAUCAAGUUUCUUUUUACAUUCUUGAAACAAGCAGAACACUGAUGUGUGCCUAUGUAAAUGUAUUACUCUCUUUUAAAAAUGCUGAUCUGUUUCUGAAAAAACAUGAAGUUCUGUACAAUUUCAGUUUUAUUUCAAAAAGUCUGCAUACCCUGUAUAUGUGA